CAUGGCCUUUAUUUUUAGCCUUGGUAUGUGAGGAGUUUAUAUAGUAGCCAGGUGUUUGAUGCUGAGUGUAGAGCCAAGGAAAGAUCCCAGAAGGCUCAGCCCGAGCUUUGGAGAGAGAAAGGAUAGAAGGGACUUUGUCUACCAAAAGGCUGCAGAGGGCACCUGCUAAAGAUGGUGCAAUCACCAGUAUUGCCUCAAUUUACUUCAGGAUUUUGGAGGGCACCCACCUUCCCCCUUGUCUCCUCACACAAUGACCCUGGGAUCUCUGGGAAACAGCAGCAGCAGCGUUUCUGCUACCUUCCUGCUGAGUGGCAUCCCUGGGCUGGAGCGCAUGCACAUCUGGAUCUCCAUCCCACUGUGCUUCACGUAUCUGGUUUCCAUCCUGGGCAACUGCACAAUUCUUUUUAUCAUUAAAACAGAGCGCUCACUUCAUGAACCUAUGUAUCUCUUCCUGUCCAUGCUGGCUCUGAUUGACCUGGGUCUGUCCCUUUGCACUCUCCCUACAGUCCUGGGCAUCUUUUGGGUUGGAGCACGAGAAAUUAGCCAUGAUGCCUGCUUUGCUCAGCUCUUUUUCAUUCACUGCUUCUCCUUCCUCGAGUCCUCUGUGCUACUGUCUAUGGCCUUUGACCGCUUUGUGGCUAUCUGCCACCCCUUGCACUAUGUUUCCAUUCUCACCAACACAGUCAUUGGCAGGAUUGGCCUGGUCUCUCUGGGUCGUAGUGUAGCACUCAUUUUUCCAUUACCUUUUAUGCUCAAAAGAUUCCCCUAUUGUGGCUCCCCAGUUCUCUCACAUUCUUAUUGUCUCCACCAAGAAGUGAUGAAAUUGGCCUGUGCCGACAUGAAGGCCAACAGCAUCUACGGCAUGUUUGUCAUCGUCUCUACAGUGGGUAUAGACUCACUGCUCAUCCUCUUCUCUUAUGCUCUGAUCCUGCGCACCGUGCUGUCCAUCGCCUCCAGGGCUGAGAGAUUCAAGGCCCUUAACACCUGUGUUUCCCACAUCUGUGCUGUGCUGCUCUUCUACACUCCCAUGAUUGGCCUCUCUGUCAUCCAUCGCUUUGGAAAGCAGGCACCCCACCUGGUCCAGGUGGUCAUGGGUUUCAUGUAUCUUCUCUUUCCUCCUGUGAUGAAUCCCAUUGUCUACAGUGUGAAGACCAAACAGAUCCGGGAUCGAGUGACGCAUACCUUUUGUUACUAACUGUGUCUAGUGUUAGAGCCACUGUCUCCUGAAACGUGCCCUUGUUUGCCUAACCUUUAUAAUUUCUAACAUGCAUAAAAUAAAGAAGACAUUUACUUACUCAACAAAUAUGUACAGGGAUGAGUUACAGUCCUUACAGAACCCUCACUCUGUUGUGGCAAGGGCAGGGGGGAUAAAAUGUAAUAUGACGUGGUAAAUUUUAUUUUCUAAAAAUAGCCACAGCAAUAAUUCUAAACCCACAUUCUCUUCCAGGAACUUGCUACUCCUCAUAAAGAGAUAGGGUCUAUUUCUUCUCCCCUUGAAACUGGAUAGAAUUUGUAAAUGCCUCAUGAAUUGAAUAUUGUGGAAAUAGCCCAUGUAUCUUCUCUCUCUCUCUCUCUUCCACCUCCAUUCCACCACUAUUUCUGUCUGUUUCACUCAACGCUUGUUUUUGAAACCCAGCCCCUAUUCUAAGAGGAAGCCCAGGCGACGUGGAGAGGGCCCAUGUAGAUGUUCCAUCCAGUAGGCUCAGCCAAGGUCUCACUCAGCUAAGGCUGAGACCUUAGCUGAGUCAGUGUUAACCACCAAUGAGUAGAGAAUCCUCAGAUAAUUCCAUUCCCCAACCUUCCAGCCUCUCCAAUUGGCAUCUGGUAAAGCAAUCAAUUGUUCUCUGACUCAGCCAAAAUUGCAGUUUUGUAAACAAAAUAAAUAUUUUUAAGACACUAAAUUUUGGGAAGAUUCGUGAUACAAUCACAUGUUAAUUGUACUCUUCAAAGAAAAAAGAAAUUGGUUUGGGAGUUGUCUUCCCCUAGCUGGGGGAAGGGAGCAUCAGAAAAGUUUUCCCUGAGUUGACACAGUAAUAGCCUUAAGGGAAAUGUAGGCAUUAGGCAGUCAAAAACUGUAAGAGGAAGGAGACAAAAAUAUGUUCCAGUCCAAAGGAACAGCAUGUGCAAAGCUGAAGCAGAAGUGAGAGAGAGGACAGCGUAUUCUGAGAAUUAUCUGAAGUGUUGUUUUUGUUGCCAUUUUUAUUCUCUAGAAUGUCAGAAAGGUUUAAGAAAAAUGAGGUGAAGUGGAAACAGAUUGAGGUACUGAAUGUAUCAGAAAGAGAUUAUAAGCCAAGGAACCAAGGAUAGUUUGUUAUGCCCUUUUAUAUGUUGUAUUGUUAUUGUACCCCCAAGACAUUCUAGAUAAAAGUUACAUUUUGAGUAAUACAUGUCAAUAUAGUAUUUGCAAUUUGGGCUUGGAGGUAACUGUGAGGAAAGCAAGCUUGAAUGUGAUAUUGCCAAGGGGAGCUUCGAACACCUAGAGAGAAGCAUGAGAAUGUCACGUUCCUGCAUGGUUUUAGUGCAGAUUAAGAAAGGGUGUGGCUGAACACAAUGUCUUCUACUAUGAAGUGUAUGUGGAGCCAGUUCUCACCUGAGGUUGGUCUCUUCCAAGGCAAUCUAGUACACCUGACAUUUAACAUUGGAUAUGCCUGUCCCUGCUCCCAACACCAGUGUCCCCUCCUGUUUGGCAUGAGAACACUGUUUCUGCAAUGAUAUCAUCAACCCCAAAAUAAUCAAAAGGAUCAGAACCCAGUUUAAAAGAGCUUAUUUAGCCACAAAGUUGAGAAUGACCAUUUGAGUAACACAGACCCCGAAGGAAUGGGGUCAUUGCUCUGAAGCUGAAAAGUUAAGGAUUUGCUUAUGCACGUGGAAAGCAAAUAAAUUUAAGAGGACUACAACAUUUUCCAUACUAAGGCUGACUUGUGAGUUAUAGUAAUUUGAAUAGUUAGAGCUUGUUUUUUUUUUCUUUUCCAAUUUGAAAGAGUAUGUUUAACAUUCCAGGCUAGACAACAUGAUAGUCCUGAGGUUUUUGUGUAAGAGAAGUGAGACGUAAGUUAAUCUAUAAUGAAGAUCAACAGUGGAGUGGGAAAAGGUCUUGUCUAGCAUUCUAUAGUUUUUUACAUUUUAAAAAACAAUGUAAUUAAAGAAAAGGAAAAUUACAAUAAGAGAAACAAAGAUUACAGCUGCCUAGGUUAUAGCAGCCUGUUAUGUAACUCAGAUCCCAUAAUCACAUUUUUUAAGGCUCAAUAUUCCAACAUCUUUCAUUAUGAAUUUCUUAUUUUUACAAUGUGUAUAUGUGAAUUGUGUGUAUUAACAUGCAAAAGGC